AUGCUAACCGAGAGAGCGGCCGGAGUUCCCGUUCGUCCCCUUUCAAACGGGGCUCGGGGCGUCAUGGCUGAACUGGAAGGGCUGGUCAGCCCCGAGCAGGCGGAGCGGUACCGGAGAUGUGUGUCCCAAGCGAAGCAGGAGGCCCGAGAUGGGAAUCUGGAAGAAUCCAUCCGGCUCUUCAGAGAAGCCCACGAAAUCCAUCCCAGUGAAAAGCUGAUGACGAAAGUUCAAAAGCUCGAGGAGGCCUUGGCGUCGCUAGCCCUGAAUCAGGAGGACGACGGCUUUGUAAACGUGUAUCAGAGCGGGCUGAUGCUCUACGAAGAGAUGUACGAUAAGCUCUUUGACCACCAGAGGGAAGGGGUCGCCUUCCUGUACGGCUUGUAUCGGGACGGCCGUAAGGGUGGCAUCCUGGCAGACGACAUGGGCUUGGGGAAGACGAUUCAGAUCAUCGCUUUCCUCUCCGGCAUGUUCGACAGUGAACUCAUCCGCUCCGUGUUGCUCGUUAUGCCGACCACCCUGGUUAGCAACUGGGCCAGAGAGUUUGCCAGCUGGACGCCCGGCCUGCGAGUGAAGGUCUUCCACGGGACCAGCAAGGCGGAGCGCCAGAGGAACCUGGAGCGAAUCCAAAAGAGGAACGGGGUCUUGAUCACCACCUACCAGAUGAUCCUCAACAACUGGCAGCAGCUCGCUAGCUCUGACGGGAGGGAGUUUGUCUGGGACUAUGUGAUUCUGGACGAGGCCCAUAAAAUUAAGACGCCUUCUGCCAAGACCACGAAAUCCGUUCAUGCCAUCCCUUCCCGGAAUCGCAUCCUCCUCACGGGGACGCCGGUGCAGAACAACCUGCAGGAACUGUGGGCUCUCUUCGACUUCGCUUGCCAGGGCUCGCUUCUCGGCACAAUGAAAACCUUCCGGAUGGAGUACGAAAACCCCAUCACGAAAGCUCGGGAGAAGGACGCCACCCCAGGAGAGAAGGCCCUGGGGCUGAAGAUGUCGGAGAACUUGAUGUCCAUCAUCAAGCCCUACUUCCUAAGGCGGAGCAAAGAUGACAUCCAGAAGAAGCUCAAAUCUGGACCCCAGAACAACCUUCCGGAGGAUCCACGCAAGGCCCCAGCGCCUGAGAUGCCUUCUCUUCCCAGAAAAAACGACUUCAUUGUGUGGGUGUAUGUAUCCCCCAUACAGGAAGAAAUAUACAGGAACUUUCUGUCCUUGGAUCAUAUCAAGGAGUUGCUGAUGACCACACGGUCCCCCUUGGCUGAGCUGAACGUCCUGAAGAAGCUCUGUGACCACCCCAGGCUGCUGUCUGCCCGGGCAUGUAGCCAGCUUGGCCUGGCGACAUCUGAGUACUCCGAGAGGGAGGAAGGCGGUGAGAAUGAAGCCGAUGAGCUCUGGGGCGAGAAGAUGGACAUUGAGCGCAUUUCUGAUGAGAUUCUUAUCAAAGAGUCCGGGAAGGUCCGGUUCCUCAUCGCUCUGCUGGAACAGCUGCAGGAAGAAGGGCACCGAACCCUGGUGUUUUCCCAGUCGAGGAAGAUGCUGGACAUCAUAGAGCGCAUCUUAACUCACAGGAGCUUCAAACUCAUGCGCAUCGACGGGACGGUGACUCAUCUAUCGGAACGAGAGAAGAGGAUCGAUGCCUUCCAGAACGACAAGGACUACUCUGUCUUUUUGCUGACGACCCAAGUCGGUGGAGUUGGCCUGACGUUAACCGCAGCUACCCGGGUGGUGAUUUUUGACCCCAGCUGGAACCCAGCUACCGACGCGCAAGCCGUGGACCGAGCUUACCGCAUCGGGCAGAAAGAGAACGUCGUGAUCUACCGGCUAAUAACCUGCGGGACGGUGGAAGAGAAAAUCUACCGGCGGCAAGUCUUCAAGGACUCGCUCAUAAGGCAAACCACGGGAGACAAGAAGAACCCCUACAGGUAUUUCACCAAGCAGGAGCUGAGAGAGCUUUUCACGUUGGGAGACACGCGGAGCUCCACGACCCAACUCCAGCUGCAGUCCUUGCACGGGACUCAAAGGAAGACAGACGUCCAACUCGACGAGCACAUCGCCUACCUCUACUCGCUGGAGAUCUUUGGCCUUUCAGACCACGACUUGAUGUACACCCGGGAAACGGGCUAUGAGGACGAGGCGGAGGAUGAAGAGGCUCAUCGGUACAUCGAGCACAGGGUACAGAAAGCCCAAGAACUGGUGCAGCUCGAAUCGCAAAUGAAAGACCAGCUGGCAGCCAACAUCAGGGACACGACAGAAGGAGCGUGGCUGAGAGCGACAGACCCGUCGUCCGUUCAGCCCAGGAAAAAAUCGCCAAAGCCGCCUCCAGCUUAUUCUGCUCCCUCGCCUGCACCUGCGCAACCGCCAAACGGCGGUGACGUCAUCGUUGUGGAAACUGACGAUGAAGAAGACUUGCCCAGUGUCAGCUUUAAAAUGACGAGUCUGGUUAUCGAGGAUGUGGCUGACGAAAGCCCAGUUCUGGAUGUAUCCCCUAUGGCUGUCUCUCUCUCCAAGACGGAAGAAACCAGGCAGGCCAGCAUACAGGAAGGUGAGCAAAGGCACAACCUGACCACUUCUCUGUCUUGCUUUGUAUCCAACGAGGAGGGUGACAGUUCUGGAUCCAAAAUGACCUCCCGUGAGCCGUUUGCCGGCACAGACGACAGCUUUAACGAUGUCUUUGUGGGACCUCCGCAGCAGUCGGUAGAAUAUAUUUAUGAUGAUGAUGAUGAUGUUCAUGAAGCCCAAGCGAAGAUGGAAAUGUCGCUCGAGGUUCUCGGGAGUCCACGCAGAGAGGCCAGUCAAGCUGGUGAGCGAGAUGCGAACGCCGCGUUAAUAUUACCGGCCAGUGAAACGUCUGAGCAUCGAGCAAGACGGAAGUCGGCAAGGAGUGAAAUCCUGGCGAGGGAGGAGUCUUUAGUUUUCCCUUCCCCGUACCAGGCCGAUUUCAACCUUGUUUUAGAAGAUUCGGAGGACCAGCCGCAAGAUGUUUCAGACCAAGAAAUGAUGCUCGAAGACACAGAAAACACCGGAUUUCAGCUGAGGCUAGACAGCCGCUGCAGCUCUGCGGCUCAUUCCGGGGUAGGAGGGAACCGAAGCCUCAAGAGCCUCCAGGCUGGUGAAAAUAUGAUGGAGUCCCUGAUGACAGAUGGUUCCAACGCCGCACGCGAUGCUUCGAUGGACGACAGCGGCGUUUCUAUUGCGCGUAAGAAGAAGCCUGUCCAGAGGAUCGCUUCCGAUAGCGAGGAGGGCCACCCAGGUGGAAUCUGCAUGUCGACACCGAAGUCUAAUGGACCAUUGGCUGAUCUUUGUUUUUCUCCACGGUUCAAACUGAGUCAAAGAAGGUCAACAGCUUCCAGAAGGUCCUUGGCUAAUGUGGUCUUUGAUCAAGUGGAGGAUGUUGCCGAAAGCAUCGCGGAUGGGUCUCCUGAAGGACACUUUCCAGAUGAUCUUGAGGAAGAACUGGCUCAGGAGCUCAGCGGUAGGGAGUCUGCAGGGGCAGGAGAGGGUGAAACGCCAUAUUCUGAGGGCAAAUCCAGCUAG